CAUCGUUACCUUAGGGUUUGUCGAUUAGAUUUUUUUUUCCUGAUCGCUCUCGAUCCCUCUUCCUCUUCCUCUUCCGUUCUUCUUCAGUUAUGGUAUUUAUUAACACUCAACUGGGCACUUCUUCUGUCGACGAAACGAUUCGGUCUUCCGCUUCUCCAAUCCUCAUUUAUAUAGAGCUCUCAGCUGUUUUCGCCGCCGUCCCUGCCGUCGCUCCCGUCUCCGUCGUCACCGCCGUCUCCGCAAACGCUGCCGUUUCCGCCGCCGCCGCCGUCCCCUACACCACCUUCGACUCACUCCGACUUGGCAGGACCGGUCUUUGGUCGAUAGACUCAUCCGAUUCUGGACUCGAAUCGAAUCUGCAGCUGAUUCUUUUGUUAGCCGCAGCCAUGAAUCAAGGACAGGUUUCGGAAUCUGGAGAGCCGAAACUUGAAUCCUCUCAUCCGCAAGCUAUGGAUGCGGAGAUAUCUCCUGAAGCCGACACAAACCCUGAAGCAGAUGUCUUGGCGACUCCUACAAUAGCAGGAAGUUGAUUGGCCACAAAAAAGGGUUUGAUCAAAUGGUUGGAGGAGGAGGAGGGUUUCUACCGUGGGCCUCUUUUUUUUUUUGAGCAACAUUCUCAGCUCUUAUGACCAUGGAUGCGUCUUGCCCACCAGGGUUAGCAGCAAGUCUUCGCAUCUUGAUACUCCCUGUCUCUCAUCUCAUACCGUGAUUUGGUGGGUGUUGCCUACACAGAGGAAGAGGCAAAGACAAUGGCUGCUGAGAUCGAGGUUGUUGACGGACCAAAUGAUGAAGGUAAGAUGUUCCCCCGGCCUGGUGAACACAGUGACUGCCUUCCUCAACCUUACUCCAAUGAGUCAGCUGCAAGGUUCGCCAAUAGAUGAGCGUAUCCACCUGACCUAAGCUUAUAACUAAGGUUUAUGCUGUUCUUUCACCUCAAUUUGUAUACUUGUAAGAGAAGUCAUCUUCUGUGCCCUAGACCAUCUUUGUUAGUUUUCUGCCAGGCAUGUCACAAUGGUCAAAACUAUGUCUUUGCUCUUUUGACUGGUUACCGUGAUCCUCCCACUGGAAUUUCGGUUAACUUCUAUCUUUUUUCUGCCAUCAGUCUACUUAUUACAACUUCAAAUUGUAAGGGUUUUGAAAAAAUGAACCUGUGCAAGUGAAACAGAUCAGAGAAGGGUUACACUACAAUCCUUAUUUCCCUGGUGGAGCAACCGCUAUGCCAAAGAUGCUCAGUGAUGAAGAUAGAACUCCUGUAACGAAAGCCCAUAGUCUCAACACCAGUUAAGCUCCAUUUGUUUGAAGGGAAAGAUGGCCAAGCAUCUGCUUCCGCUUCUGCCAGUAACACGACUGCAGCUGGUGGCAAAGAAGGUGGACGCAAACAUCCCUGUGAAUGAGAGUUUUAAGAUGUCAAGCCGUCAACCCCACAUAGCUUUCAUCAUUUUACAAUUUCCUAAUUUUCUCUGCUUGACGUAUUUCGAACUUUGCAAUGUUUUUCCUAUUUCAAGGUUUUUUUUUCUUUCAGCCAAUUACGGCAUAGUACUUUCUACGAGGAGAACAGUUUCUAAGAUUUAUUUUUAAAAAGUCAGGGUUGACGUACACCCUCAUUAUCGUCCGUU